AUGGAGAGCUUCCACACUAGGUUCAGUGCUUGGACACCUUUUAGCAACAAGUCUUUAAAUAGACAGCUUUUCCAGGAAAGAGUUGCUCUGAUAAGUCACUGGUUUGACCUGUGGACCAACAAACAACGUCAGGAAUUCUUGUUCACAAUGCUUUUACGAUGCACUAAAUCACAAUUACGGUUUGUGCAAGACUGGUUUGCAGAAAGGAAGCAAGUGGCGAGAGUGGACUUCUGUACCGUGCUCCCGCGCCGCCUCGCUCUGUACAUCUUUUCCUUUCUGAACCCGAAAGACUUGUGUGCAGCUGCUCAAGUCAGCUGGCCCUGGAAGUUUCUAACGGAACAGGAUUGCUUGUGGAUGCCCAAAUGUGUUAGAUUUGGAUGGUUUCUGCCCUAUACUCCAACAGAUAAUGAGUAUGGUGCUUGGAAGCGCCAUUAUAUUGCUUGUGUAUCCAAUCUGGACUGGCUAACCCCCAGGGAAGCCGCUGCUGUGUAUGGAACACUAAAUGAACCCAAAACAGAGGAUGAGGAGCUUCAGGAGAGGCGAAGAGAAAAGUACCUAAGGAAAAUUAUCUGGGAGAAAAUUGCACUACAUAAGAAGCAGUUAUUCAAAGCUCGUCCCCCUUGGGGGAGUGGGGCGUGCUGCUCCAGGCUGGUGAGCUUCAGCCACCAGCCACAGCCCUCCCAGGUCAGGCAGGAACGAGAGGGACUUUGUGAAGCUCUGGAGAAACAGCUCGUUUUGGCAUCCUUAGACGCUUUGCCCAAGCGAAGCAAUGUUUCUGGAAGCCAUUCCUAUCCUCUAUUAUCGAAGAAAACACUGCAUGGAGUUUGUGAAAAUGAGGAUAACUCUUCACAUACUUCUCAGCUGCAUGUCAUACUAAUAUCAUCUCGGAUUCCUGCAUAUGAGAUGGUGGUGGACAGUACUAAGGCAGGGGUCAUUGCUGUGGUGUAUGAACACAGCGGCAUGACCUUGGAGAGCCUGCUUUGUCUUGUAGACAGAGCUCUGCAUGGCCAGAAGGCACACAGUGUUGGGAUAUUUAGUGAUGGAGACAGCAGAGGAAUCAACUUACUCAAAGGUUAUGAAAUUGCUAUUAAGAAUUUACUGAAGCCUGAAGUGAGAGACUUCUGGGAGAAAUUAGGGAGCUCUGUGGCCACUGAGGAAGAAGGAGGACACGUGGACAUCUUUGUGCCACUUGGCUCAUCUGAGGAAGGCAUAGAAGUUCUUUCUCAGCUGUCUCAACUAACUGGCACAUUCUUUACUGCUCCCACUGGGAUUGUGACUGGCUCUUACCAACACAUUUUCAGUGACUGGCUGGGACUGGAGUGGCUCCAACUUCCUCCUACCAUCUACUUCAAUGAAUCCAAGCUUCAGACAUGGUCCAACCUCUCAGACUCCCUGGAAGACACCUUGAAAUCAGUGAGAAAAGAGUUAAAUCCUCUCUUCAAGGACCUGCAGAAGAAUAUCAGCGGCAGGAUGGUAGGGAAAUUUCUGUUUGACACUAUGAAUUUGGCCCAUAUUUUGAAUAUCCAAGAAACUGCACAAGCUCUGGCAGAUGGAUUGGUGGAGCUGUCAAAGGAGGAUUCUGAAAAAACCAUCACAGAAGACAGUUCUGAGGAUCCCAAAUCAAGUCUCAGCAAAAGCAAUCUAAAUGUCAAAGUGCUGGCUAAACUGGAGAGGAAGCUUCAGAGGGCUUCGGUGGACAUGCGAGCUAGAGUUGUCCUGGAACUCUUGCAGAGUGAGAGGCGGUACGUGCAAACGCUGGAAAUCGUGAGAGAUGUUUAUGUGAGGCCACUGAGAGCAUCGCUGGGCUCCAACAGAGCCAUCCUGAGUGCUGCAAAUGUCCAGAUUAUUUUCGCUGAUAUCCUGCAGAUUUUAAGUCUCCACAGGCAGUUUCUAGAUAACCUGAGAGACAGACUCCAAGACUGGGGUCCAGCUCACUGUGUGGGGGACAUCUUCACCAGGUUUGGGAGCCAGUGGACCCCAUACACCAAUUUCUUCAACAACUACUCUGUUGUCCUCAAGACCAUUGAGAAGUGCAGAGACAUGCUCCCAGCCUUCCGAGCGUUCCUGAAGAGACGAGAGAAGAGCAUCGUUACCAAAAUGCUGAGCUUGCCAGAGCUGCUUCUGCGCCCAUCCCGGAGAUUUGAGGAAUAUACUAGUCUUCUCUACGCUCUUCGGCUCCAUACGCCGGCUGGACACGUUGACCGGGAGGACCUGACCACUGCAAUUAACCAAAUCAAAACCUAUCAAGGUUUCAUAGAUCAGAUGAAAGAAAACAUUAAAAGAAAAGAACAGCUGUCAGAUAUACAGAAAAUUGUCAGGGGAUGCCCGGUUUUGUCAGAAGUAAACAGAUAUCUGAUUAGAGUCCAAGACGUAGCCCAGAUCCACUGCUGUGAUGAGGGAGUCAGUUUUUCUUUAAGGCUAUAUGAACAAAUCCACGAUCUCAGCCUCUUUCUCUUCAAUGAUCUGCUGCUUGUUUCAAGUCGGGCCACAUCUCAUAUGCCAUUUGAGAGGACUCCAAAAACCACCUACCACUUCAUUGCGGCAGUCACGCUUCAUAGUUUAUUUGUGGAAGAUAUUCCAGAUUCCAAGUAUGUCAAGAAUGCAUUUGUUCUUCAAGGUCCAAAACAUGAAUGGAUUUGUGCUACUGAGGCAGAAGUUGAGAAGUUCCUGUGGCUCUCAGCACUCCAGAACACCAUCAGGAGGAGCAUGAAGUGAGACGAGACCUGAGGAACAGAUCAAGGUGCCAGCCCUCCUGGCAAAGACAGGAAGAAGGAUGCUCACACGUGUUAGGCAUGAUGAGAGGAAGAACCCAGGUGACUAGGAGGUUCCUUCCGACUGUCAACUUUAUCACCUGUAACAUCCCAUGGAACGGUUAGAACAGCAAGCUGU